UUAACUCACAAUUAUCAUUAACUAAUAUUGAAAUUGAGUUUACUAAACAAUUAAGUAAAGAUAUUAAAACUAGAAAAGAAGAUACCUUCAGAUUAAAAGAUAUGUGGCUUUAUGAUAAUGAAUUUAAAAAAGA